AUGUCAGAGGACGCCAGUAGCUCCGCCACCAGCAGCAUGUCUGACACCGAAGGCAGCAACGUAAGCGUCCUCCACUGGGAGCAAGUGCAGCGGCUGGACGCCAUCCUGACGGAGACCAUCCCGAUCCACGGCCGGGGGAACUUCCCCACUCUGGAGAUGCAGCCGCGGCAGAUCGUGAAAGUGGUGCGGAGUCGGAUGGAGGAGAAGCAGAUCCACGUCCGGGACGUUCGGUUAAACGGCUCUGCAGCCAGCCACAUCCUGCACGGGGAUAGCGGACUGGGCUAUAAGGACCUAGACCUCAUAUUUUGUGCAGAUAUGAAAGGUGAAAGUGAUUUCCAGACUGUGAAGGACAUAGUUUUGGACUGUCUCCUGGAUUUUUUACCCGACUGUGUGAAUAAAGAGAAAAUAAGUCCGUUAACGUUAAAGGAAGCCUAUGUGCAGAAGAUGGUGAAGGUGUGUAAUGACUCAGACCGCUGGAGUCUCAUCUCCCUCUCCAACAACCGGGGAAAGAAUGUGGAGCUGAAGUUCGUGGACUCUCUCCGGCGGCAGUUUGAGUUCAGCGUGGACUCCUUUCAGAUCAAACUGGACUCCCUGCUGCUGUUCUACGAGUGCUCCGAGAACCCAAUGACCGAGACCUUCCACCCCACCAUCGUGGGCGAGAGUGUGUACGGGGACUUUAGCGAGGCCCUGGACCACCUACGUCACAAGUUCAUCUGCACCCGGAACCCGGAGGAGAUCCGAGGCGGGGGCCUGCUCAAGUACUGUCACCUGCUGGUGAGGGGUUUCCGCGCCGCCUCCGAGUCCGAGAUGAAGUCUCUGCAGCGCUACAUGUGCUCACGCUUCUUCAUCGACUUCUCGGACAUCGGCGAGCAGCAGCGGAAGCUGGAGUCCUAUCUUCAAAACCACUUUGUAGGCCUGGAGGACCGCAAGUACGACUACCUGAUGACCCUCCACGGGGUGGUCAACGAGAGCACGGUGUGCCUGAUGGGACACGAGAGGCGGCAGACCUUAGGCCUCAUAGCCAUGCUGGCGGUGCGCGUUCUCGCCGAGCAGAACGUCAUCCCCAACGUGGCCAACGUCACCUGUUACUACCAACCUGCUCCUUACGUGGCAGAUGGCAACUUCAGUAACUACUACAUAGCGCAGGUGCAGCCGGUGUUUGCUUGCCAGCAGCAUGCAUACUCCACCUGGCUGCCCUGUAACUGAGUCAGCCCUGAGGAAAGGUGGAGGGAGAGAGUCGGAGCUGUUCAAACAGGAAUGAGCAGCACACUCAAACCUGCCCAGUGUUUUGACAGCAAAAAAAAAGGAGUCUUCUUGUUAAUGUUUUGCAUCAAAGCUUGCGUUUUUGUGCAUAAAUUGAGUAUGAACGGUUGGCUUUCACCUCGAGUACUUACUUCAAUGUGAAUAUGUCACAUUUUCUGAUUUUUAAAAUGUCAACUGAUCCUGCCCAACCAGCUUUGGAAGAGACUCAUUUUGGGGUAGCUUGGCAAUCAGGGCUAACUGCAGAUGUGUGAUGGCCUUUGAAUGCGAGCAGCAGAACUGUCAUGGAAGCCGUGCGAGACUGAUUGAAUCUGCAGAGAACUGAUUAGCCAGCACGUCCUGACGGCACAGCAAACGGCUGCAUCAGAGCCCUGACAGCUACUGCUAGGCUACUACACACACACACACACACACACACACACGCACGUAGACUCUGCUGUAUGUCAGCUUAACUGAGGCAAGAUGCUGUUAAUUUAGUUCGGAUAACAAACUGGCAUCUCCGCCUUGCAUUUGGAUAUAAUUAUGGUUGUUUACAGACCAAAGAUUUGUUUUUGAUUGUUUCUAACAUUAAAACCCUAUUUGGAUGGGGUGGUAGAUAAAACAAAAUAUGAAGCAAUGUCUAUUUGUAUAUGUGAACAUGUGUGUGUUUAUAAGUGCCUAUAAAAGGACGAUGUUUGUGGAUUAGCCCCACUGUGUUUAUAGUCAGGCACACAAGACAAUAGCACCCCAGAGGCUUGUGAAUGUAAAUGUGAAAUCAUGCAGUCGGCCUUUGUGUUUUUGGACAAAAAAAGAGCACUAUACGUUAGUGUGGAUUUUGCAGUAAAGUAGCAUUCGAAUGUGUGAUCGACGGAUUGCUGAAAGACUCACAUUAUCGCCGUGUGAGCAUUUGGAAAAUCAAUCUUCUCUGAGUGAACACCAGUGGCCAAUCGAUUCGAUUCCAAUUCACAAUGCCCCGAUUCAAUAUCAAUCAGGUUACGGGAUUCUCCGUUACAUUAGCAAUUUGGCUUGGAUAUCCAAUAUACUCAUACCGAAUAAUA